AGAAAGAAGGAAAAGCCACGUCAGAAAAUGGAGAUAGUAUUCUUUGUAAAUUAUAUAGAAAAAUUGAAAUAAAGUUAGUUUCCCUCUCUAUUGCGCUCCGUCUUCCACGCUCUCUUCUUCACUUUCCCUCCUUAUUCUGCGCCGCUUCUCCGUUUUCUCCCCUCUAAUACGCCGUCGUUUCGUUCACCGUCCCUUUUCCCUUUCUUUUCCUUCCUUCCUUGAGCAAUCUCUUUUGCUGCUGAGGAACUAAUUAAAUAAGCAGUUAACUUCAAAAAAGUGACAAACUCAAGCUUUAAUUUAUUAUUUUGUUUUCUUUUUUCCCUUUCUUUAUGAUUUACUGAGAGCCGAACAGCAUUUUGAUUUCCAUUUUCUUGAGCCUGACAUUGUGGAUGUGGUCUUGAGAAAGCUGAUAGUUGCUGGAAAUUCGAUCUUUUUCGACUUUAAGACAGUUCGGAGUUAAUUAAUCAGAUUGUAGAUAUUAGAGUCUUGAGUAUUUUUGGUAAAACGAAAGCAUGUCAACAUCUAGUCAUGCUUUGAAUUUCUCUAUGCGAACUGGCCAUGAGAGAAUUGAAGUGAAACAGAAUUCUGUUAUUGGAUUUAGUAAGAGAUGCAAGAGAAAAUGUAUUGCAAAUUGUGGUGCUCUGCAGCGAAAAAGGGAAUAUGUAUUUGUGCAGCAGAGAAGGUUUUACGUGGGUAUUUCAAAUGCCUGUAGAGAUCCACUGGCUCCUUCUUUGCUAUCGGGGAAUAUUUGUGGUUCUUUUGAUGGAUAUUGGUUGUUAAAGACCAAGGGGAAAAAAGUUGCCUCAGGCUUAAAGGGAUGUUGCGUGUUUCUUGUUGGAAUGAUGGGCUCUGGAAAGACUACAGUGGGCAAGAUUUUAUCAGAAGCACUAGGUUAUACUUUUGUUGACAGUGACGAAUAUGUAGAGCAAACUGCAGGAGGAAAUUCUGUGUCCCAUAUAUUUCAACAAUACGGCGAGGAUUACUUUAGAGAUAUUGAGAGCGAGGCAUUGCAGAAGUUGUCUAUAAUCCCUCGGCAAGUAGUUGCUACAGGUGGUGGUUCAGUAGUACGUCCAAUCAACUGGAAAUAUAUGAGGCAGGGGAUCACUGUUUUCUUAGAUGUACCUUUGGAUGCAUUGGCAAGAAGAAUUGCUGCUGUAGGAACUGACUCUCGUCCACUUCUACACCUUGAUUCUGGGGACCCCUACACAAAGGCUUUUAUGGGACUCUUUACUCUUUCGAAAAAGAGAGUUGAGGCCUAUUCAGACGCUGAUGUUAUUGUUUCACUUUUAGACUCGUGCUCGCAUGUUCGGACUGCUGGUGAUCCAAGUUUAGAAGGCUUUUGCCUACUUGCGGGGCCUCCAUGCACUCAUUUCCUUCUGAGUGUGACUGCGAGUUAAACCAGAGCCCUAUGUUUUUAUUUAUUACAACGUGUGAAUAACCAGAAUCUCUCAUCAUAUGGCAUCUACUUGGAAACACAUGAUACUGUUGUCACGGUCAUUAGAUGAAUAGGGCCUUUUUGAGGGAACAAAAUUGUACCUUCCAUCGUUCUUGGAAAAUUUAAUGUGGGUAUUACUAAGCAAGCCUUUUUAGGUGCCCUUGUCCUACUACUACAUGUAUUUUACAUUCAAGUUUGGGCUGAAAAGAAGAAUAAUACAAUGUCAAACUCCUUUUUUCCGUUAUGAUUACAGAUCUUGCCGACGAUCUGGGAUUUGAAGAUGUAUCUGAUGUUGGACCAGCUGCUAUAGCACUGGAGGUUCUGAGUCCCUCUUGAUCUUGAAUUUCUCUACUCUUAACUUAAGAGGAGAAUGAAUUUCUAAAUUCUAAGUUUUCUAUUAUUGGAAUUGAAUUUUUGCAGGUGCUUAUACAGAUUCAGAAGUAUCUACAGGACAACAAUGAGAAGUCCAUGCAAACGUUUCUCUAAUUCUUUCAGUUUGAGAGAUUCUUUUUCCUUUUUUUUUUUUUUAAAGAAAAUAAUUUAUAAUAGUAUUUAUGUAGCUUUUCAUCACUUGCAGGAACGAACUAAGGCAGUCUUGUUUGGUUUUCGUUUCAGAUGUACAGAUCAAAUAAACUCCUUAUCUAUAGAUAUUGCGUUAUGAAUUUUAGUAUUGGAGGGACA